AUGCGGUCCAUUCUGAGCGUCUCGUCACUUCUGCUGGCUACCACCUUGGUGUCAGCUGAUGACUCAACUUACAAUGUCAACGCUAUCUGCACUAGUGACCAGAUGAUGCGUUAUUACGGUACCUCUAAUAACGGUCUUUGGGGUGGCUCUUGGUGGCAAUCUGCUAUCCUAAUGGCCUCUCUCGCUGACGUCGGGUCCCUCGAUUCCAGCUACAAUGGGACUUACUUCGACGCCUACGCCAAUACUUAUAGCAAUGCUCCCAGCUUCAACGGCUAUACCGGUUUCAUUGAUCAAUUUUACGAUGACGAGGGCUGGUGGGGAAACGCAUGGCUCACCGUAUAUGACUUGACCCAGAACCCAGACUAUUUGAACUUGGCGAUUAGUAUUUACGACGACAUGGCUGGAGGACUAGGCUCCCCAUGCGGUGGAAUAUACUGGCAAAAGGAUGCUGACUACAUCGCUUCGAUCGCCAAUGAACUCUACAUUGCCCUCGCAGCCGGCCUGGCCAACCGCGUCUCUGAUGACCAAAAACAAGGCUACCUUGACGCCGCAACCACCGGAUGGGACUGGUUCUUCAACAUCGGCGUUGUUGGCGACGACUGGCUUGUCGUAGAUGGUGUCGACAACAGCACAUGCGAACCAACUGGAAACAAAUAUUCAUACAACCAAGGUGUCAUUCUCAGCGCAGCUGUUGACCUCGCUAAAGCCACCGGAAAUUCUACCUAUCUCGAUCUUGCAGGAAACAUCGCCAAUGCCACUACUACAACAAACGGUACCUUUGCUGACGAAAACGGGAUUCUCAAGGACUGUGAUAACGAUAGCUGCGAUAUCCAAGGUGCGAUGUUCAAGGGCCCUCUAUUCCGUGGCCUACGCCAGUUGCAGCUUGCCAGUCCUCAUGACAACUGGAAGGACUUCAUUACAACCAAUGCCAAGUCUCUUUGGAAUAACGAUCUAAACGUCACAGAUGGAGAUUGCAACACUGGCUCGUCUUUUGCUGGACCUGUGACUGGUGUGAAUGAAGUAACCCAAGGUGCUGCUCUUGACUGCCUUGUCGCCGCGUGGGCUGUUACUUCCUAG